AGUUCCACGGCUCAUUGCAAUGAACUUUCCAGCUGAUUGCAUUGUCGUUAUGUUGUUGUUUUUGUCAGGAGCUCGAGUUGAAAUCUUCUGACAAACAAAUCUCUGGAAAGGAGUAGAAAUGGACAAAAAUAGUUCCCCUAUACUUCCACUGAAAGAAUUAUGUAGGACAUGUACGGCCAGUAGCAGUGAUGCAAAUAAAAUAUCUGUAAAAUGUAUUUAUGAACCCUUAUUGGAUGAGUCCGGAAGUCCAUCAAUAAUGGAUGUACUGAUAGCGCUAGAACCCCAAAUUGAGAUUGGCUUCCUAGACGAACUACCAAAAAUUGUCUGCAUGACAUGUAUUCAACAAUUACAGAAGACAUACAAGUUUUUGGUGGCAUAUCGACACGCCAAUGAAAAGUUACAGAAAUUGUUAAAAGAUGUUAAGUCCACGACAAAGGAAACUGUGCAAAAGGUGUCCCAGCAACAACAACAAAUGCAAAAUUUUGUGGACGAUGACAUUGAUUCACUGUUGCCAGUAGAUUAUGAAAUAGACAUUAUCGAGAAACAUGUAGAGGAGGAGGAUAAUGUGGAAGUCGAGGAUGUCGAUAUUAAAUGGACAGAUAAUGAUGCAUAUAAUAGCGAGAGCCAUGAUGGAGAGGAUGAGGACCAUGGGCCCGGGUAUGUCGGUAUUAAAUGGGUAGAUAAUGAUGCCAAAAUUAGCGAGAGUAGUUUAGAUGAAAGCAAUGAUUUGUUAAAGGACAUGGCACCAUUACCAAAUAGAACCACAAGUUGCGAAAAGGAGCAAAUUAAAUCGGCAAUAGAACAGAAACCGGACUCCGACGAAAAGGAACCUCGAAAGAAUAAAGAUGGAACUUACAACUGCCCGGAAUGCGAAAUGGUACUUGAUAGUGUGCCCAAAUGGAGGCAACAUGUCCAAACUGAACAUAAACAUGUAAAAAUCAAAAAGCAGGGAAAAAGCUACAAAUGUGAAUUUUGUGGCAAAGUGUUUUACCAUGCCACUGCCUACAGGAAUCACACGCGCACCCAUACUGGUGAAGAACCAUAUUUGUGUGUUGAAUGCGGCAAGAGUUUUAAAGUUCGAAGUAGUUUGUAUACCCAUAUGCUGCGCCACAAGGGUGAAAAGAAUAUGCAGUGUCCCCAAUGUCCGAAACAAUUUGUCUGCGCCAGUGGACUCUAUUGUCAUAUGUUAGUGCACAAAAAAGAGAAACCAUUUGUGUGCGACACCUGUGGCGCUGCCUUUCAUAUGGCCUAUAUGCUGAGGAAACAUAACUUAUACCAUAGGGGGGUAAAACCACAUCCCUGUGAACAUUGCGAUUUACGAUUUGUAACUGCCGAAAAGCUACGCCGUCAUGUUCGUACUCAUACGGGCGAGAAACCAUAUGUGUGCCAUUAUUGUGAUCGUGCCUUUGCCCAGAGUAACGAUUGUAAUAAGCAUAUGAAACAACAUGUCGGUGAGAACAUCUAUCAGUGUGAAUUAUGUCCUUUGCGUUUUCCCCUGGUCCGGGAUUUGCGUGUUCAUUUCGCAACACAUAGGAACGAUGAUGAAGAAACCCGUAAGAGAAAUCUUGAAGCCCGAAAAAUUGAAGUUCAUAAUUUGAGAAUUAAAUUUGGUUAUAAAAAGAAAGAUUAAAAUAAUGUAACAGCAGGUUGAAAACAAAAAGCACUUGAUUUAUUAUUUAA